CUGGUCCACCGUAGCGGCUGUCACAACCGGAAGUUUACGUUGGCGAGUCUCGCAGGGUGACAGCCCACAGCCCUGCACAGGAUACAAGACUACCGCACUUUAAACUAUUUUUUUUUUUAAUCGGACAUACCGACAUCUAUGCGCAUCGUAUUAAUGUAACAUUUUAAUAAUGGCCGCAGAGUUUUUAGUGAUGUUGUAUGAGUACUCUCCUCUCUUUGACAUUAUAGUCAUAUCAUUGUGUUUCAUGAUCACUGUAGCUGUUGUGUUGGGCUGGUUUAAAUUUGAUGUCCCAGACAUUUUGCGCCGCUCAGAUGAGGCUGAAUCUCUGACAGUUGUCCCCGAGAGGAAGAUGGUGCAGGUGACCAACCCCUUCGCUCUGGAGAUGGACUCAACUGCUGGGACAGUCACUGAGGGUGUGAGUUUGCAGCUGUAUUGUCUUGAAGACUGCGUCCUCAGCUGUUUCUGGGGCUGUGGGGUCCGGGCUCUCCAGGCGGCCCUUCAGAGUCACCAGCAUGGGUCCCGGCCACGGGUCCUCACACCUGAGCUGUGUCAAGAGGCUCUGGAGUUCAGCUACCUUCACCACCAAAGCUUCAAUAUACAUAAAGAAGAAAAAGGAGAAUACUUCACUCAGAUGCCUCCAGAUCUCGGAGUAACCGAUUUUGGGUUGCUCCCCCGGGAUCGAUACCCGUUGGUUGCUGUGCUGACUCUGGCCACUCCGGAAACCAGAGACAACUACAAUAUUGUGGCCAGUGUGACAGUUCUCCACAUUCCCGAUGACAAAUACAGACUCUCUGCGAGGAUCCUGUUUCAGUAUCUCCUCACAGCGCAAGGGAAUCUGUACGAUCUGAAGCCUCUCUUCAUGUCAGCAGACAACAGAAACUUGUCUGGAACCACAGAGCCUUCGAUUAACACGCAAGGGGCGGAGCCACAGCCAGAAAGGCCAGGUGAGCAGGGGGAGGAGUCAGAUUCAGAAGGGGAGUGGCCUGACACCCGAGGCAGGGACUGUGUGGUGUGUCAGAAUGCACCGAUUAACAGAGUGCUGUUGCCGUGCAGACAUGCAUGCGUGUGUGACGGCUGCGUGUGCCACUUCCAGCACUGUCCGAUCUGCCGGGCGUUCGUCCUUCAGUCUUUUGCUCUGGCUAACCAACCAGCUCGUGAUGAGGAGGACUUAACAGAAGACUAAACCUGUAUAAACCCAGGAUUAAAAGCAAUGCUUUGCUGGAAAGGCAAAGUUCGUAAAGGAAAUGUGAAGAGAUGCAAGCAGCUGACCUUUAACCCCAAGAAUGAACUCUUACAGAAUGAUGUCAGUUUUAGGCUUUUGAAGUUCAAUGUGCUUGUAGAUGUUUAAUAUAGAGAUUAAGUUAAAUAGAAUAUUUAUUUUUAUUUUCAAUAUAGUGGUUAAACUAACAAAUACACACUUUUGAAGGAAUCGUCAAGUUUUUUUUUUUCUCUCCACCAAAGAAUAUUGAGAGAUACUGUGAAAACAACAAGGGAGUUUAUUUUAUUUCAUUAAUCACUGGCUUCAAUAAUGUGGAAAAGCAGGCCAGGCACACAGUUUAUAUAAGUGAUCACACAGAUUUAUAAAGAGCUGUAUCAUCAUACAAGUCUAUACUUGGCCAAUAGGUAAAUAUUACUUUGAUCAAAUUGGGGUAAACAAUGCAUUAACUGAACAGCUGAAGUCACUUGAUGGUAAUAACUCAAAUGGAACAUCAGAAUGCUUUCAAAUGUUGAAAAAAAAAGAAAGAAAA